GACAUCGCUUACGUCAGUGUGGGUGUUUCGGUCGGCGGCCAUUAUCCUACGUAGAAUUAAUAAUUUUUGCUAUUUACUGCAAACGAAACAAAGAACUUUAUUAUUUUCGAAAUAUUCUGUAAAUUUAUAGUUCUGUGAAAGAUUCUGUCGUAGUACAAAAUGAAUCCCGAAUACGACUACUUAUUCAAGCUACUCCUGAUCGGAGACUCCGGGGUCGGCAAGUCCUGCCUGCUCCUCAGAUUCGCGGACGACACUUACACAGAAAGCUACAUCAGCACCAUCGGAGUGGACUUCAAAAUAAGGACAGUUGAACUAGACGGCAAGACAAUAAAGUUACAAAUAUGGGACACGGCGGGCCAGGAGCGGUUCAGAACAAUCACAUCGUCGUACUACAGAGGUGCACAUGGUAUCAUCAUUGUCUAUGAUUGUACGGAUCAGGAUUCGUUCAGCAACGUGAAGCAAUGGCUGGAGGAGAUCGACCGCUACGCCUGCGACAACGUGAACAAGCUGCUGGUGGGCAACAAGUGCGACCUCACCACUAAGAAGGUGGUCGACUACGCUACGGCCAAUCAAUACGCCGAGCAACUAGGCAUACCAUUCCUCGAGACGUCAGCCAAGAACUCCACCAACGUGGAACAGGCGUUCAUGACGAUGGCGGCGGAGAUCAAGGCGCGCGUGGGGCCGCCCAGCGCGGGCUCCGCCGUGGGCGCCGGCGCCGCGGUCAGGAUCGACCCAGGCCGCCCCAUCGACACCAACAAGUCGAGCUGCUGCUGAGCGGAUGUCAAUGGCGGACGGCACACAGCGUUCUCGCCGAUCGUCCGCGACCAAUGCAAUUACAACAAACUUAUGACCGCACUGUAUCGGGCCACGUUCCACCAAUAUGCGACCAGACACGACCCACACCAUUCAAAAUCCACCCGAAUAUCCGGGACAUCAAGUCAGGUACCGGUAACCGCUUACCAUCAGGAAGAAUCCAGCCCCCGUGUCGUUAGUUUGCGGCAACCUUUCUAUCGUCGACCGUGUGUCUCUUCUACUUGAUAUUUACUAUGCUCAAAGACAAAGAUGCCGCUUCUGAUGUUGCUACAUACAUUCAAGUACAUAGCAAUAUCUGAAGUGGGAUCAUAGUUAACUAUAAAGAAGCUACAUGUGUCACUGAAAAAUAUGUAUAAAAAUAACAAAAUUGGGAGCAUUUCCAUCGUUGGGAAUCCCAAUUAAAAUAUUACAACAUAUUGAUAUACGAGUCAAAUACGAAUGUUCUUUGUCAUUUUAAUCUUUAAAUGUCACAAUUCUACAAUUUGAUAAUCAAUAACAAGUCAUCUCCAGAUAAAUCAUGGUUUUAUUUCACUAUUUUUAAAUCGAUGGCUUGACGGAUGGAUGGUAUGUAUGAAAAAGUAAUAUGAAUAGCGAACCAUCACCUCGAAAAGCUAAUUAUUCUUACUAGCACCCGCCAUAUGAUUAACUUCUUAGCCUAAUAAGCAAUAGUGGGUGUUCACAUUUUUGUGUGGUGUAAAAUUCUUUGUUUAUCUGAAAAUGUCUCACCUAUUGAUGUGACGUAACGUUAUAUUUUUUCUUGGUAAGCGGCAAAAUUUGGUGGGAGGGUAUGAAUGUCUGUUCUAUACAUUAGUACUAUUAUCAAUUCCCCGGAAAAGAGACAAAACAGACAGUCAUCUUAAACUGGUCAAGUAAUAAGGCUCAUUUUAUAAUUUGCUUCGAGAAAUGAGACAUGGAUGGUGUAUGUUUAUACAUGUUUAUAUAUAAUGAAGUAGGUUAAUUUUGUGCUGUUUCCAUAAUGUGAAUUUUUCGGCAUAGGUAAUGGAUGAAAUUCACGUGUUUUUGUAUGGUAAAGCAUAAAUAUAAGCCGCGUAUCAUACUCGCGGUGUUUCGGACGCAGUGGUCACAUUGGCGUUAAGGCUAAGCGUAGUUUAAUACGAAAUUAUUAAUUGAAGCCAGAAAAUAUUACUUCUAAAAUUUAUAGUCCAUUGACGUCAAUUUAUGAUCUAUUUUUGUAACCUCAACAAAAAAAUACUGAUGUAGAUCGAUAUAUUCAUUCUUUAAUGAUACUCUUUAAUAUAUGAUUGAUGCCACGCGCGUGUUGAAUAUUGCAAUUGACCAUCUAUUAGUAAAGAUUUCUUGUAAAUUUGUGGUACCAAUGUGACCUCUACGUCUAAGAACAGAAGAGUUCGUUAUAUAGAUAACUUUAAAUAAGCGCACUAUGCUACGUCAAUGAAAUUAUUGCUUUAAAUGCACUUACGAUGCGACCGUGUCAUUUUGUAGAAACUUUACGACAACAUAAUACGUUUGUUCGUUCCAAUUCCGAAUACGAGUUAAUUAUUCUCUAUAUAAUAGAAUUUCGACACAUGUGGCAAGAAUAUUAACUUAAAUGAGGGUGAUACAUUAAGGUAUACUCGCACUUUAUUUAAAGCCAGAGUGCUGCCAUCUAGUGUAAGAAAAACUCACGAUAUUUCUAUGAUACGGCGUAGUGCGCUCCUCUAUGUAAGUUAUUGUUACAAUCUUUUACUGAAAAAUGUCCAUUCUUGUAGGCGAUAUUCUCAGCUUAUGUUUAUUACUCCGUCACAGGUACUAAUAUAUGCACUGGGUGUUUUAUAUGUAUAAAUAUCGUGAUGCGUACUUGGGUUGAUAGGUUGUGCUGUGUUGAAAAUUUUGUGUUAAUCCUUUAAGGCGGUGUUUGUUGAAAUAAUUAAUUUUAAUCUUAUGACCGAUGUAUAAGGUUGACUUUGUGGGAAAAACUAUCACCGUCUUUAGGGAUUGGAAAAUAUUUUUGCUUGUUUACAUAAGUUUAGUAGCUAAACAGUUGCAAUUGUACAUUGCCAUUUUACUUCGUGAUAUGAUUAAGGCGUUGAGAGUUUUUUUUUAUUAUACAACUAUGUUACGGCAAAAUAGAAAUUGGAUUAAUUGAUUCACUGAUUAACCUUAUAGUGGUAAAAGAUAGGUGGGCGAAAUAUAUUACAAUUUAGUUCGCUUUCCAACCCCGCGUUCUAAGCACAAGUGAGGAAGCCACAAGCCACGCCUUCUGCCUUUAUCUUGAAACUUGUAUGAAAGAGUUGACCGCAUUUUUUUAUAACGUAGACACUAGUUACUAAGCAGUUAGCUCCUAAGCUCAUGUAAACUAAGCAUUACACAAAAUCGUAGAUAUAGCAAAUUGGCCUUAGAUAAUUUAGACAGAUACAUUAUAGAAAUUUGUAGCCAUCGAUAAAGUAAAGCGGGAUCAUAGUAUUAAUUAAAAGACAUAUAUCAAUAUCACAGCAAUAUUGUGAUAAUUUAAAAUUUUAAAACGACGGUUUAAUAUUUUUAGCGGUACAUCUUUUAUCACGAUUAGUUCUUCACUUUAAGAAACAUUAAGAUGAGGUAGUUUAUAUUAUGAUGUAUUUAAUUUGCCGCCCGAAAUAUUGAACCGUAAAUUUAUUUAUAAUCUGUCAAACUAUUGUAACUUAUGUCGUUAUUUUUGUACUAUUACGUCAGAGUUAAGUUUACUUAAAUCAAUCCGCUAACCCACUUCUGUAUUGAGGGUAUAUUAGAAAUUAAAAACAGUAUGCUAUAAA